AACAAAUCCUGGGCGAUCACAAAUUUUCGAUUGAAUGUGGAAAAAAUAAAAUCGUUUUGAUUGAUGAUAGUACUAAAAUCAACAUCCAAGUUAACGAAUUAAAUGAUUCAAGAAAUGAAAAAGAAUGUAUAAAUCAAGAACUAAUCAAAAUAGAGAUUACAAAUCUGAGAGACCAAAUACUGCUCGAUUAUAAUAAAAAAGUUCAUAUCUCUGUGAAUUUUGUCUCUGAUGAAUCAGAAUCAAAUCAGAAUAUAACUAUCAAAAAAAUGAAAGAACUAGAAGAUUUAGUAAAUGGUUGCACGAAUGUCAGAACAAUACGGUGUUAA